CCCAGCCCAUUGCCUCUCUCUCUCUUCUCCCGCCGUGCAGCCGUCCAUUGACUUCCCCUCACUGUCUGACCUCACCGAGUCACUCUCAUUGACGUCACUCAUUCUCAUCGACUUAUCGUCGUGCCACUGCCCAUCGAGUCAUCGGUGUCAGUUCCAUCACUGUGGUUCACCCCUUGCUUCGCUUUGGUGCGGAAGCCUCAGCCAUGCCCUCGUAGCACUUGCGUGUUGAAGGACCCGAUGGUGCUGUCCUCGUGGAAAUAGUAGUGGGAUUCUGCAUCUCAGCAUCAAGGUGACGCUCCUAGCCACCGUCCUCCACUUGAUUGGCUGAUGGACUGUGCGAUGAGCCUGUGGGGGCUGGCGUGCCAAAGAUAGUGCAUAACUUGGCGCAAAAUGGAUAGUCCGCGUUCUGGAAAUACUUCUAGUCAUUAUUCACCUUUUUCGAAUAAUGACACGUUUCGGUAUAACAUAAAACUGUAAAAAAUGAAGGAAACAUGUAUUGGUUAAAUUAGCUUACCCCGGUGGCAUUUUCCCAAUGCUCAUCACUGGCCAUCAUGGGUGUCGAGAAAGCGUUACAUCCCGUGCAUGUCUAUCCCAUCAACUCGUCGAACUUGUGAUGUCUCUUUUUCAAUCGCUUUAUUUUUUCCUUUACUUGUUCGGUAGUAAAUCUUUUCGAACCAAGAGUAUCAAGUCGUUCAACAUACAUUGCUUGAUUUUCCCGGCCGUACUCGCCCCUCAGUAACGUCCCCAAGCAUCAUGUUUAUCAGAGCAUUCUCUAACCCAACGAAAGUUAUGUCCGGUGGGUAUAACUUCCGGUGUGUUAGAUAAUGCUCUUAUUGACAUGAUGCUUGUGGACGUUACUUAAGGGCUAGUACGGCCGGAAAAAUCACGCUAUAUAUGUUGAACGACUUGAUAAUCUUGGUUCGAAGAGAUUUACUACCGAACAAGUAAGGGAGAAAAUAAAGCGGCUGAAAAAGAGGCAGCACAUGUUCAACGAGUUGAUGGGACAUACGGGUAUGGGAUGUGACGGUUCCACGACAUCUGUAAUAGCCAGUGAUGAGUACUGGGCAAAUGCCAUCAGGGUGAGUAAUGACAAUAAGUAUUUCCGGAAUGCGGACUAUCCAUUUUGCGCCAAGUUAUGCACUACCUUUGGCACGCCAGCCCCCACAGGCACAUCGCAUAGUCCAGCAUCCAAUCAAGUGGAGGACGUAGAUGGGGAGCGUCACCUUGAUGCUGGGAUGCAGAAUCCCACUACUAUUUUCAUGAGGACAUCAACAUCGGGUCCUUCAACACGCAAGUGCUACGAGGGCAUGACUGAGGCUUUCUCCCCAAAAUGGAGCAAGGGGUCUGCGCCAAAAAUGGGCAGCGAUGACAGUGAUAGCUUUGCUGAUUGUGUCAAGUUGCUACUUAAUAUAAAGCCCAAGAUGCUGGUGGGAAAUUGGUUCCGUGCCUAUGACGCUUUACGUGAAUCAUCACUUGAGCGAUAUGGCUUUUUAACUAUGGAUGAUGAGUCUCGAGAGUUGUGGGCCAUGCGCUUUUAACUUCUACAAUUCAUUUUAAAUAUGACGUGGCAUGGACAUCUGCAUGCCAGUUGUAUCUAACGACUGUAUAUAGAAGAACUGAUUUCUCAUACUCCACACGAAAUGUGAUGUGGCUUUUUUUUUCUAAUGUUAAACAUGCGUUUGUCAUAACCUAUAAUUAUACAAAAAGGCCAAACAAAUGCACGUUUUGAAUUGUCACCCCCACGCCCACGUUCACGUUCUUCCUCAGCUACAUCUUCCCGCAAGCAACUUCUUCUUCCUCUGCUAGCUCACCACUGUCUGGGACUACCGACGACGAACCCACCGCCAACAUCAGCUUGCAUCCACGAGUCUUCACAACCACAUUCAACGUCACAGGUUUUUACUUUGAGUCUUUUUUACAAACAAUUGGUAUUCAUUUCAUGUAGAGAACAUGUGGGUUUAGAUAAAGAGUAAACAAUUCAUUUUAAAUCUGACGCAGCACGAACGACUGCACCUCGAUUGUACCUAACGACUGUAUAUAGAAGAAUUGAAAAUAUUAAAAGCGCAUGGCCCACAACUCUCGAUACUCAUCAUCCAUAGUUAAAAAGCCAUGCCGCUCAACGGAUGAUUCACGUAGGGCGUCAUAAGUACGGAACCAUUUUUCCACCGGAAUCUUGGACUUUAUAUUCAGCAGCAAAGUGACACAAUCAGCAAAGCUAUGAUUGUCGUCGCCGCGGCCCAUUUUUGGCGCAGACCCCUUGCUUCGCUUUGGUGCGAAAGCCUCAGCCAUGCCCUCGUAGCACUUGCGUGUUGAAGGACCCGAUGGUGCUGUCCUCGUGGAAAUAGUAGUGGGAUUCUGCAUCUCAGCAUCAAGGUGACGCUCCUAGCCACCGUCCUCCACUUGAUUGGCUGAUGGACUGUGCGAUGAGCCUGUGGGGGCUUGCGUGCCAAAGAUAGUGCAUAACUUGGCGCAAAAUGGGUAGUCCGCGUUCUAGAAAUACUUCUAGUCAUUAUUCACCUUGUUCGAAUAAUGACACGUUUCGGUAUAACAUAAAAUUGUAAAAAAUGAAGGAAACAUGUAUUGGUUAAAUUAGAUUACCCCGGUGGCAUUUUCCCAAUGCUCAUCACUGGCCAUCACGGGUGUCGAGAAAGCGUUACAUCCCGUGCAUGUCUAUCCCAUCAACUCGUCGAACUUGUGAUGUCUCUUUUUCAAUCGCUUUAUUUUUUCCUUUACUUGUUCGGUAGUAAAUCUUUUCGAACCAAGAGUAUCAAGUCGUUCAACAUACAUUGCUUGAUUUUCCCGGCCGUACUCGCCCCUCAGUAACGUCCCCAAGCAUCAUGUUUAUCAGAGCAUUCUCUAACCCAACGAAAGUUAUGUCCGGUGGGUAUAACUUCCGGUGGGUUAGAUAAUGCUCUUAUUGACAUGAUGCUUGUGGACGUUACUUAAGGGCUAGUACGGCCGGAAAAAUCACGCUAUGUAUGUUGAACGACUUGAUAAUCUUGGUUCGAAGAGAUUUACUACCGAACAAGUAAGGGAGAAAAUAAAGCGGCUGAAAAAGAGGCAGCACAUAUUCAACGAGUUGAUGGGACAUACGGGUAUGGGAUGUGACGGUUCCACGACAUCUGUGAUAGCCAGUGAUGAGCACUGGGCAAAUGCCAUCAGGGUGAGUAAUGACAAUAAGUAUUUCCGGAAUGCGGACUAUCCAUUUUGCGCCAAGUUAUGCACUACCUUUGGCACGCCAGCCCCCACAGGCACAUCGCAUAGUCCAGCAUCCAAUCAAGUGGAGGACGUAGAUGGGGAGCGUCACCUUGAUGCUGGGAUGCAGAAUCCCACUACUAUUUUCAUGAGGACAUCAACAUCGGGUCCUUCAACACGCAAGUGCUACGAGGGCAUGGCUGAGGCUUUCUCCCCAAAAUGGAGCAAGAGGUCUGCGCCAAAAAUGGGCAGCGAUGACAGUGAUAGCUUUGCUGAUUGUGUCAAUUUGCUACUUAAUAUAAAGCCCAAGAUGCUGGUGGAAAAUUGGUUCUGUGCCUAUGACGCUUUACGUGAAUCAUCACUUGAGCGAUAUGGCUUUUUAACUAUGGAUGAUGAGUCUCGAGAGUUGUGGGCAAUGCGCUUUUAACUUCUACAAUUCAUUUUAAAUAUGACGUGGCAUGGACAUCUGCAUGCCAGUUGUAUCUAACGACUGUAUAUAGAAGAACUGAUUUCUCAUACUCCACACGAAAUGUGAUGUAGCGUUUUUUUCUAAUGUUAAACGUGCGUUUCUCAUAACCUAAAAUUAUACAAAAAGACCAAACAAAUACACGUUUUGAGUUGUCACCCCAACGCCCACGUUCUUCCUCAGCAACUUCUUCUUCCUCUGCUAGCUCACCACUGUCUAGGACUACCGACGACGAACCCACCGCCAACAUCAGCUUGCAUCCACGAGUCUUCACAUCCACAUUCAACAUCACAGGUUUUUACUUUGAGUCUUUUUUACAAACACUUGGUAUUCAUUUCAUGUAGAGAACAUGUGGGUUUUGAUAAAGAGUAAACAAUUCAUUUUAAAUCUGACGUAGCAUGGACGACUGCACGUCGGUUGUACCUAACGACUGUAUAUGGAAGAAUUGAAAAUAUUAAAAGUGCAUGGCCCACAACUCUAGAUACCCAUCAUCCAUAGUUAAAAAGUCCUGCCGCUCAAGGGAUGAUUCACGUAGCUCGUCAUAGGCUCGGAACCAUUUUUGCACCGGAAUCUUGAACUUUAUAUUCAGCAACAAAGUGACAAUCCGCAAAGCUAUGAUUGUCGUCAUUGCCCAUUUUUGGUGCAGGCCCCUUGCUUCGCUUUGGUGCGGAAGCCUUAGCCAUGCCCUCGUAGCACUUGCGUGUUGAAGGACCCGAUGGUACUGUCCUCAUGGAAAUAGUUGUGGGAUUUUGCAUCUCAGCAUCAAGGUGACACUCAUCACCACCGUCCUCCACUUGAUUGGCUGAUGGACUGUGCAAUGUGCCUGUGGGGGCUGCGUGCCAAAGAUAGUGCAUAACUUGGCGCAAAAUAGGUAGUCCGCGUUCCGAAAAUACUUCUUGUCAUUAUUCAAGUUGUUCGAAUAAUGACACGUUUUGGUAUAACGUAUUUGUUACGAAGCUGUAAAAAAUAAAGGAAACAUGUAUUGGUUAAAUUA